AUGGCCGGUGGGCCUAGUCCGAGCAGCACAAGCCCUUCCAACCUCUCCAACAGUCCCUUCCUGCACGGCUCUCUAAGCAGCUCCAACUCCUCAUCUCCCCCAAAGCUCUUCGCUCAAAGCACCAUGACGGCAGACGUCUUCGCACCCUCUCACACAUACAACAUGCCGGGCGCUAUCGGUGAGCGUCGGCCAAUGGAGCGCAAUGGGCUCUCCAUGCUUUCUUUCGGCGACGCCGACGCCCCCCCAGAUAACAGGACUCGACACGCCAUCUUCUUGCGCAAGCUUCCCAGCAACAGUGACAAGGAGGCCGUGCGCAACAUUCUGCUUUUUGCCAAGGACUUGGUCGACUGCGAAAUGGUCCCUCAGACUCGUUUCUCCGAAGACAAGGGCUUCGCCUCUGCUAUUGCUUACUUCCAGACAUACGAUGGCGCAAAAGAAGCGCGCGAUCUUCUCAAUGGCAAACGCAAUGCUACCCAAGACGCAACGCUGAUCGUCGAGGUACUGCAAGACGGCCUUGGCGGCGCGAUUGGUUCGCGGCGCAACACAGUCGAUAGCGGAUCCGCGCGGCAUGGAUCCAUCGCGUCCUCCACCGGGAUCGCCGGUGCAUCUUCGAAUGCUCGUCAAUCUUCGCGGUACAAUGGGACCUUUCAAAAUAUGGAGAAGAUGUCCCCACCAAAUGGAACUCCAGGUCUUGGCAACGGAGAAUUCGGAGUCUCGAACCUCUUCUCUCCGACGUCACCGGUGCAAACCUCUUUUGCUAGCCGCAACCUGGGAAAAUCCGUCAUCAAUGACGAAGCAGACGACGAUAACGACCUGCUCAAUGAGUCCAUUGGAUACGCUACUGGAGGGCCACCAGCUCAGUCCAACAUGUCACGAAGAGCGACAAACCCAAACCCCCCGGUCCCAGUGUCCCGUUUUGCAUCGCUAUCGCUCAACACAAACAGCGUCAACGGCAUGGGCUCCCCGCCGUUGAACAGCUAUACGUCCCCGCGAUCAGCAGCCACUAUGCAGUCGCCGGGUCCGGCUCUCUCCGCCAUGUCUCCUCACAACGCACCGUCUGCCCUGAACACUGGCCCGAACACGGGCUUCCAGCAGUACUCCUCGCACUUUGCUCGACCGACAUACCCUCCUGUAAACCCGGCUGAUCAAAACCCACCGUGCAAUACACUCUACGUCGGAAACCUGCCCAUGGACACUUCCGAGGAUGAACUCAAAGCCGUCUUCUCCAAGCAGCGUGGGUACAAGCGUCUUUGCUUCCGUACGAAACAGAAUGGCCCAAUGUGUUUUGUUGAAUUCGAAGACACUUCAUUCGCUACCAAGGCCCUGAACGAGCUAUACGGAUACAUGCUUCACAACAGCGUCAAGGGCGGAAUCCGACUGAGCUUCUCCAAGAACCCUCUGGGUGUUCGCAGUGGACAGCACGCCAGCAUGGGUUCCGCAUCAUCCAUCACGCCGAGCACUCCGCUCUCUGGAUUUGGAAGCGGUGUCGGAGCCCCCCCUGGCUUUUCUACGGCCACUGGCCCUCCGCCUGGCUUGUCGGCGCCUCCGGGACUUGCGAGUCAGUCUCACGCAAACGCUAACAAUGGCUUCGGCAUGUACGCCAACGGCGGCUUCGGUAUGGGCCCAAAUGAAAUGUCCAGCUCAAUGCGCCAACCCAUGGCUACGGGCGGAAACAGCUUUGGGGGUAUGGGUGGGAGCUACUCCGCAUACAUGAUGGGUCGUUAG